AUAGACCACCACGCGGCACGCGCCACACGUGUGGUCUGUAGCGGCUACUUAUCCGAAACGCGGUCCUUUUGCAGCCUUCAAGAUGGAGAAAACUGUCACCCCAGAGCAAAUUUCCGACUGGUUUUGCUCUGGGGCUUCAUUUGCAAAAUUUAAGCUUUCUGAGAAAAGUUCUGAAAUAAAGAGCGACGAGCCCUCCUCCAAAGCCAUCAGUUCACCUGAUGAGGACGACCAGGAAUGCAGUGGAGGAAAAAUCCAAGAACCUGAAGAUGCUAAAAGCACAGUUCCUCCCUCCAUCAACCACGAAUACCAGAGUUUGCCCAUAACCAAAGACAGGCGAAAACUAAUUUCCUUCAUAGAAAACAACUCAGUCGUGAUCAUUCGAGGAGCCACAGGCAGUGGCAAAACUACCCAGCUGCCUCAGUACAUCCUGGACCACUACAAUGGGAAAAACUCUCCAUGCAAGAUUGCAGUCACCCAACCACGCAAAAUUGGAGCCACGAGCAUUGCUCGAUGGGUUUCCAAACAGCGAAAAUCCACCCUGGGUGAUCUGGUGGGAUAUCAGGUUGGCUUGGAGAAGAAAGCUUCUGAUCAGACACAACUAAUCUAUGUGACUACAGGAGUACUUCUGCAAAAACUGGUUUCAGCCAAAUGCCUCACAGAGUUUUCCCACAUUUUUGUUGAUGAGGUUCAUGAGCGCUCAGAAGAGAUGGACUUUCUAUUAUUGGUUUUGAAGAAGUUCUUGCAUUCCAACUCUCGCUACAUCAAGAUUAUCCUCAUGUCAGCCGCCAUCAACUGCAAAGAGUUUGCAGAGUACUUCAGUACUCCCGUAUGUGGCAGAAUGAUCCCUGCCCAUGUGUUUGAAGUGGAGGGAGCCCCCUACGCCAUUGAAGAGUUUUACCUGGACGACCUUCAUAAACUGUUUUCAUGCAGGAUCAAGUCCUCUCAGUCCGAUUCCCCGUGCAUCCCAGAGGAGAUGUACAGUGUUGCCACCAGUCUCAUCCAGAGCUUUGAUGAAAUGGAAGGGAAGGAUUCUUGUAAAAACAAAGACGAGAAAGGUGUGCCAGAGAGAGGCAGCGUCCUGGUUUUCCUUCCUGGCAUAAACGAGAUCAACUCCAUGCAGGCGGCCCUGGCCAAACUCCUGCACAAAAGACUGCAGGUUUUUCCUCUCCAUUCAACUGUGACUUUGGAAGAGCAGAACAAUGUGUUCCUAACCCCUAUUCCUGGAUGCAGGAAGGUCAUUCUUUCCACCAACAUUGCUGAGAGUUCUGUCACUGUUCCUGAUGUCAAAUAUGUGAUUGACUUUUGUUUGGUCCGCCACUUGGUCUGUGACCCAGAGACCAACUAUCAGAGCCUCCAUCUGACGUGGGCGUCUAAAACAAACUGCAACCAGCGGAAAGGCAGAGCAGGUCGAGUGUCGAAAGGCUACUGUUACCGUCUGGUGACCAAAGCAUUCUGGAAAACAGAAAUUCCAGAGUACAUGACUCCUGAGAUGCUGCUCGCUCCCCUGUCCUCAAUCAUGUUGAAGGUGAAACUGCUGGACAUUGGAGAUCCCUGCUCUCUCCUCUCCACAGCGCUGUCUCCUCCCAGUGUUGAUAACAUUGUGAGAACUGUCCUGCAACUUAAAGAAAUCGGAGCCCUGUCUGUGAAAACUGAUGGCAAUGAUCAGAACUAUGAUGGUGAGCUGACGUUUCUGGGCCGAGUGCUGGCACACCUGCCUGUAGACCUGCACCUGGGGAAGAUGAUCGUCCUCGGUCAUGUCUUUGGAUGCCUUGAUGAAUGCCUGAUCAUUGCUGCCUCGCAGUCCUUGAAGAACAUGUUCACUUUCCCGUACCUGCACCAGCUGGCCGGUCACAGGAGCAAACUGGCUUUUGCUGGUGGCUCUCAAAGUGAUUCCAUUGCUUUGGUCAAUGCUUUCAAGACAUGGUACCUGUCCAAAAAGAAAGGUGAACUGAGGCAACUGAAGGAUGAGCUGAAUUGGGGUAAAGAGAACUUCAUUCAGAUCAAGAGCAUCAGAGAGGUUGCAGAGCUGUACGAUGAGCUGAAGAGACGCGUGUCCCAGUUCAACAUGCACGUCACGGAGGAUACUCAACCCUCAGACUACACCAGCACACACAAGCAGAGGUUCAUUCUUCAGGUGGUCAUUGCUGGCGCCUACUACCCCAACUACUUUGUCCAGAAGGAAAUUGAUGAACAAAUGGCUACCAAAGACAUGUGUGGACUAAACCCUCAAACCACCGUGAUGGUAUCAGCUUUAGAAUUUCUAUUUUUCCUGUAUUACAAGCAGCUGCUGUCUCUGUUCCGUCUGUGUGGACAGGUCAAGACCAUUUAUUUUGAGAACUCCAGAGCGUUUGUGGAGUUCAGCAACGCAUCCGGUGAAUCUGAGGGGCUGUCGGAAGUGUCUCUCGCUCUGCUCUCAGCCCGUCAGGGUUCUCCAAUGGAGAUUUCCGUCCACCCCACGGGACAAAUUGAGGCCUUUGCUGCGGACAGACCCGUAUCUCACCUGAAAUAUGGGCGAUUGACUGCUGACAUCCAGACUCUGUCAGUCACCCCGAUAGAAAUAGGCAGCAGUACUGCUGACCUGGAGAAGCUACCUCCCACCCGCUUUUUCAUUGUGAACGUCACAGAGGUGGUUGACGUGGGACAUUUUUGGGGAUAUCCUUCAGAAGAACAAAACUUGGCGAAGAAACGCAAUCUCACUGCAGAGAUCAACUCACGCACCCUGAAUCCUGUGACUAGGUUGCUUCACCCCAAUAUGUGCGUGCUGGCGCCGUAUGGUGAAAACGCUGAGCACAGCUUGUAUUACAGAGCUAAGGUCCUUCACAUUUCUGCCACCGGAGUGGAGGUCUUUUUUGUGGACUUUGGCAACAAAGCUGUUGUUGCAAGCAAAAGUCUGAGGGAAAUUCCGCCUGACCUGCUCUCUCACCCUUUCCAGGCCAUGGAGUUCCAACUUGCUGGAAUGAGUCCUUCAGCCAGGUCAAUGAUCCUGGGAAACAAAUGGAGCACCCAAGCUCGAAACGACUUCCUCUCGUUGGUCAAAGGCCAGUUGGUCUUGGUGUCUGUGUACUCCAUCGUGCACGGUGUCAUCCGUGUGGAUCUGCUCAUCAACAUGGAGUCCAAAGAAAUCAGUGUGGUGGACAUUUUGGUGGAGAACGGACACGCUGUGAAGACAGAGGAGAGCUGCGACUCAAAGCAAAGUCAUGAGGUGCUGAUGUCUGUGUACAAGGACAAGCAGGAUGGAACUUAUGUUCCCAAUUCUGUUGGAAGCGCUUUUAAAGAGCGCACAGAAGAAGACAAGGAGCUCAUCCACAAUCUCCUUUGUCACUUUUCCAAAAGGCAGAACACCUCCAGUAAAAAGCUGCAGCUGCAAGGACCACUAAGCUCGUACAUGACAAACUUCUACAGUUUGAGCCAGAUGACCUCCUACAGGACUGUGUCCAUUAGCAGAUCCAGCAUCAACUCCAUAGCUCUCAAUGACAGCCCUCAUCUCAAACACAUGAGGAUGCUGGUGGCUGGGACUGUGUCAGUCACUGCGACAGGGUCUUCAAUACUCCUGUCAGAUACCUCCUUACUGCCUAACAUUCCUGGUUUGCCUGCGCUGGUGACGAUGCUGUUCACCCCCAUCAUGGAGUUACGCACUGAUAAGGAGAGGACCUGCUACACUGGAGCCCUCUGUGGCUUGGGCUACAACAGUCAGACAAAGGAGGUGAUCCUGCCCGAGCAUGACAUUGAACUGGAGUUUGAUGUCCGGUUUGAUGUUGAGGACAUCAUUGAGAUAAAUGCUUUGCGGAUGGCCAUAAACAGCCUUUUGUGCGACGGGGAGAAAGGCACCCUGCAUCUGCGUCCUGACAGGAUUAGUCAGCUGCAGGAGGACUGCCGAGAACGCCUCAUAAGACUGUUCACCAAGUCUCCGCCAAGGGAACCCAUCACUCCACCUUAUAAUGAGAGCCGGGGAAAGUGGAACCAGGUUGAUCCAUCGCUGUGGAUGAACUUUGCAGAAGAAGGAAGCUCAAACAACAGAGGGGAUUUUCUCAAGCUGCAUCCUGUUACUCUGCUUAACAGUUAAAGGGAAGCCAUACUACUGAGCACUGAGUGCAUUUACCCAAAAGAUUGUUAUUGAAUUUUAUGUUUUAUAUGGGUCUGUUUUUAAGUUCCAUUCAGCUGCUCUGCAAAUUGAGAUUUGAUUGUAUUAAUACAGGAGGAGUUCCCUGUUAAAGUUCAGUUUGUAAUUCAGUCGAGUUUGUUGCUGUAACGUUGCUUCAGCUGUGUGACAUUAAAAAUAGUUUUCUACAACAGA